UUGUUGCUUCAACGAAGGAAGAACGGUUGUAAAGUAUGGCAUUGAACAAGUGUGAUUUUGCCAGAUUUUUGAGAUCAAACCCCCUUUUAAAACACAGGAACUACCCUUUGGUUUUGCUAGGUUGCAAAUUCUCAACAAGCUCAUCAAGAAGUCUGCAUUUCUAUAAUAAUGCAGAGGAAGCUGUGAAAGACAUUCCUCAUGGUGCAAAGCUACUAGUGGGGGGAUUUGGGCUGUGUGGAAUUCCUGAGAACCUGAUUGAUGGUCUUCUGAAGACUGGAAUAAAAGAUUUGACAUGUGUCAGCAAUAAUGCAGGGGUGGAUGACUUUGGCCUUGGCUUGCUUCUUAAGACUAAACAGGUUAAGCGGAUGAUUUCUUCAUAUGUUGGGGAGAAUGCUGAAUUUGAACGGCAAUACCUUUCAGGAGAAUUGGAAGUGGAACUCACACCUCAGGGAACCCUUGCUGAGAGGAUCAGAGCAGGAGGAGCAGGAAUCCCUGCCUUCUUCACCCCUACUGGAUAUGGGACCUUGGUGCAUCAUGGUGGCUCUCCUAUAAAAUAUGGCAAAGAUGGUUCCAUUCAAAUUGCUAGUCAGCAAAGAGAGGCAAAGACGUUUAAUAAUCGUCAGUACAUCAUGGAAGAGGCCAUCACUGGAGACUUUGCUCUCAUUAAAGCCUUGAAAGCUGACAAAGAAGGGAAUCUUACUUUUAGAAAAACAGCAAGAAAUUUCAAUGCUCCAAUGGGAAAAGCUGCAAAGUUCACGAUAGCAGAGGUUGAAGAAAUUGUGGAGAAUGGUGAAAUUCCAGAGGAAGAUGUUCAUCUUCCUGGUGUUUAUGUGCAAGGGAUCUUGAAAGGUUCACACUAUCAGAAAAGGAUAGAGGUACACAGGUUAACUUUAACCCAGGAUAAAGAAGACAGUGACAAACCCAAAUCAGCUGGAGCCGAACUUAGAGAAAGAAUCAUAAAAAGAGCAGCUCUGGAAUUCAAAGAUGGAAUGUAUGCUAACCUUGGAAUUGGUAUGCCUAUGUUAGCCAGUAAAUACAUACCUGAGGGAAUGAAUGUAGUUUUGCAAAGUGAAAAUGGAGUUCUUGGUCUGGGUCCUUUUCCUAGACCUGGAGAAGAAGAUGCUGACCUCAUCAACGCUGGUAAAGAAACAGUCACUGUCGUUGCCGGCAGCUCGUACUUUUCCAGUGAUGAAUCAUUUGCUAUGAUCAGAGGGGGUCACAUAGACAUUACUAUUCUUGGAGCUAUGCAAGUGUCACAGUUCGGAGACAUCGCUAAUUGGAUGAUCCCGUGCGUAUUUGAAGUAUGUAAAGAGAAUGGUCUCAUACUAACAGAAUUGUGGCCCGGUGUAUCUAUUCAAGAUAUUCAAAUUUCCACCGGAUGUACCUUCCAAGUUUCCCCUGACCUAAAAGAAAUGGAACAAAUAUCGUAGAAGACGGAAAUUCAUUUGAAAUAAUAUGCCAAGUAUUUAAUGAGUUAUUUUUAAAAUAUGUAUCCUUUAAGUGUGUUGGCAAGAAAGAGAGAAUCGUGCGAGAAAGAACAGUGUCAAGUGUUUUAAGAAAACUUAUUCAGAUCUCCCGCAAACACUGGUUGGGAUUAUUUAACAGCGAGUAAAUAAAUAGAGUAUUUUUGUGUAUAAUAUAGUAGACGGCUAAUUAUUGGAAUAGUUGUUAAUUUCAUUGUCCGGUGAAGAAUCGGAAGGACAGUCGAUCUCUGUAAGUAGAAUACGAGUAGGGAAGCAACAAAUAUAUUAUAGCACGGUUUAUAGCA